AUGUUGACUCAAUACAUUGCGAGGAGUUAUUCUCAAUAUUCAACCGUUUUAAAGACGUUUCCUUCUGCUGGCCAUCUUUUUACAAACAUUCCAUCCUUAACAUGGCAGCUCGCAACAUCCAGAGGCCGGCAGACCCUUGGGAGCCAGGCUAGAGAACUUCAUACAUCCUCUUCCCCUAAUAUUAUAGAGCCCAAUCGCCACUCUACAGGUGGUUGGCUUCACCAAGAUAGGCUGCAACGAGAAGCUCGGUAUACCAAGUUGGAUUUCGACGCCCUCUGUGAACAGGCUGUUAGAUUGUUCCCUGGAUCUAGUGGUGUAGCCCAUUGCGAGAAGAUUGAAGGUGGCUUCAACCGAACCUUUAUCCUGACGCUUGAUUGUGGCUCGAAGGUGGUUGCCAGAGUUCCUACUUCGGUCGCUGGUCCUCCAAAGCUGGCAACUAGCUCUGAAGUUGCAACGAUGAAUUGUUGUCAAUGGGAGACUAUGGAUACUGUGCAGCAACUAGAAUGCACGAAGACACUUAUGAUGAUGGCCAAGCAGCUCGCAGACCUCAACUUCCCAGCAUAUGGUUGUCUAUAUUUCCAAGAUGCACCGCUCCCUGACGGCUCACGGAUCCCAUUCACCAAAGACUACUUUAUAGGGCCCCACUGUGCAUCCACGUAUUGGAAGUGUGGUGUUGGCGAAACUCUGCUUUACGGCGAUGACAUUCCCGAUUGCGGUCCAUGGGGAGAUCUACUGCAGUUCUGCCAAGGGCUGAUAAAAACAGGCUUCAGCCGGCUUCCAAAAUCGAAUACCCAAAAACGUGCAGCGUAUAAGGGUUCUGUGGAUGAGCAUAUCCGCCUAAUACAGGAUGCGGAAAUGGCCAUAUCUCACCUUAUUCAACAUCCUUUAUUGAAAGAAGCAGGCUCUCCUCUGCUGUUGCACCCAGGCUUUCAUAAACGGAAUAUAUUUGUUUCGGAAUCUGACCCCACGAUUGUUACAGGAGUCAUUGAUUGGCAAUCUACAAGUAUUCAACCGGCAUUUAUGUAUGUCAUGGACGUACCGGACUUUGCAUCCCUACCUGACGAUCUACCGUUCCUAAAGAAAUUUGUAAAGCUUCCAGAGGAGGAUGAGUACAACCUCAAAGCUGCCUCAAUAUGUGCCCAGGCAUAUGACGUUAUUAUAAAGGCAUUCAUACCAAAGCUACAAGCGGCACGCAACCUCGACCCAGCGCUAUAUAGGAUCUUCCACUAUUGCCUCACGUCCUGGACCUCUAGCGCUACUGCAGUUCGAGAAGAACUAAUUGACCUUUUUCAGAAUUGGAGAACCUAUGAUAUUCCAGGCUGUUGUCCAUACUCGAUAUCAGAGGAGCAGGUCGCUGCACAUAAAAAAAUGUAUAUUGAUUUUGAAGAUUCUAUGAAGCUCAAGGCUGGGCUAAUGCGGCUCUUCAACACUAAUCCGGACGGCUAUAUGGCAAAUGAUGAAUGGAAGAAGGCGUAUGAAGCACUGCCAAUGCUACGAGAGGAGUGGAUAGCGUCUGCUGUCGAGUCCGGAACCACAGAAGAGGAUGCAAUGGAGAUGUUUCCGUUUGAUGGGCGUUGA